CUGGUGAUAACAUUGGGUUACACAGCAGCAGAUGCCAAGAGUGCUAUAUACAUUGUACACCUGUUUGAAUGUUUUUAUCUCCUGCAAAUGUGUCUGGAAUAAUUUCUGAGAAGUCCAUGAAUCAGGAAGUUCUCCAGUACCUUAAGAAUACAAAUGCAUGUUUUAGAAACACCAUCCCAACGACGGAGCCCUAUUUGUUUACCGUACUACAUUAGACAGACUUAUCAUCAUCUUAUAAUUUAGAAAACACUGGUAGGUGUCCUAACAAUGAUGUCCAUUCUAAAACAACUCUGAAUCGUUUCAAUCGUCACCCGGAAAAACCUCUAUACGUGAGCUAACCUGAAUCCCUGAUCUCUGGAGGAAUUAUCAUCUGAAACCAUGGAAAAUACAGGAAGCUGGACCUAUGAACCUACCAAUCUAACCAUCUACAUGGUCAACCUAAACAGCUCCAAUUCCAGUUGCCAGUUCACUGGUGUUCAACUCAUCCAGUCUUACAAACUCCUUAUCAUACCGUGCUAUACUCUCGUUGUACUGAUUGGUAUCUUUGGAAACUAUCUGCUUCUAUAUGUCAUCUGUAGGACCAAGAAGAUGCAUAAUGUCACUAACUUCUUUAUUGGAAACCUUGCUUUCUCAGAUAUGCUGAUGUGUGCCACCUGCGUUCCCUUUACACUGGCAUAUGCAUUUAACCCACAGGGAUGGGUCUUUGGAAAAUUUAUGUGCUACUUUGUGUUCCUCAUACAGCCAGUAACUGUCUAUGUUUCGGUGUUCACCUUAACGGCCAUUGCUGUGGACAGAUACUAUGCAACGGUUCAUCCAUUUAAGAAAAGGAUAUCUGUUACAACAUGUGUCUAUGUCCUUGGUGGUAUCUGGCUUCUUUCCUGUGCCUUGGUAGGACCUGCAAUUGUACAUACCUACCAUAUAGAAUUCCAGCAGGAAGGUUUUACCAUAUGUGAAGAAUUUUGGGUAGGCAAGGAAACUGAGAGGCUGGCCUAUGCUUAUAGCACCCUGAUUAUUACUUACAUCCUACCUUUAUCGGCAGUAUCCUUAUCCUAUAUCUGCAUUACUGUCAAGCUGAAGAACAGGGUGGUCCCUGGCCACCCCACCCAGAGUCAGGCUGAAUAUGACAGGCUCCGCAAAAGAAAAAUAUUCAGGCUCAUUGUCCUGGUGGUAACAGUCUUUGGGAUCUGCUGGCUCCCCAUUCAUGUUUUCAACAUUAUUCGGGAUAUUGACAUCAAUCUUAUCAACAAGCAUUACUUUCUGCUGAUUCAACUUUUCUGCCACUGGUUCGCCAUGAGUUCUUCCUGCUGCAACCCUUUCUUAUAUGCCUGGCUGCAUGAUCGAUUCUGUAGUGAGUUGAAGAAGAUGUUUAUGUUUAAGCGUAAUAUCAUUCCCACCAACAAUUGUGUGGAUGUCAAUGUGAUGCUGUGAGAUGAAGCUACCAGGGUUUAUGACUGUGAUUAAGAACAGCUCCAGGCAGCUGAAAGAGAACAAAAUGAAGACACUGGAUGUGUAGUCAGUACUAUUUUAUUGAAGAAUAAGAUUCAGUAGAUAAAAAACAAUCAAUCAAUCAGAAACAAGUAUUGUACUAUACGAUACAAUGAGGAAGAUGAAACAUUCCAAGAUGGACAUUAAAUAGAAUUGUCUUUGACAAGUAGAGGUAACAGUCCAAAACC